AUGGCCGAUAAGUAUGGGCCAGCAUUCAUGCUUCAGCUUGGUGUGCAUCGAACACUGGUUGUGAGUAGUUGGGAGUUGAUUAAGGAUUGCUUCACCACCAAUGAUUUAGUUUUUGCUACACGGCCACGCAGCACUAUAGGGAAGCAUUUGGGCUACAACUACGCCUUUUUCCGCUUCACUCCUCAUGGCCCAUAUUGGCGUGAGCUAAGAAAAAUAGCUACACUUGAGCUACUCUCCAAAACAAGGCUUGAGAUGCUCAAACAUGUAAGAAUCAAUGAAGUGAACACAUGCAUCAAACAAUUGUACUCUCUUUGGGCCAAGGGUGACAAUGGUCCAAUCAAGAUGGAGAUGAACCAAUGGUUCAACCAUCUGGUUUUCAAUGUCAUCACCAAUAUGAUUGCCAGAAAACGAUAUUUCGGGAUCGGUAAUGAUGGUGAAGAUGAGAUCAAGGCUCGAAGGUUUCGAAAGGUGAUUGAACGUUUCGCGUACCAAGCAGGGGGUUGUUGA